CGGAGCACGAUUUGAAAAGAUUUUCAGAUACUCUCCACUUCAUCCCUAAUUGAUCCGGCUUCCCAAUCUCUAUCCUCGCUCAGUGAACUUCUCAACAAGAUGACUCCUAUUCGCUCAUUCAUGCUCAUGGCUGCUCUGGCAUUCUCGAAUGUGGAAGCUUUGGCUCGCUGUCAGAACUCGGUGUACAACGAGACAGUCGCCUACUUCAACAGCGCGCCCGUCACCGUCAGCUUCGAGAUCGCCACCGCCACUGAAUGCCAGAGCUGGUGCCGAAAUGUCAAGGCAUGCCAAGCCUGGCUUUAUGUCGACCAACCAGGCCAGUGUGACUUGCACCGCACCAAAGCAUUGAGCCUUUCGGACAACACUGGCUUCACAUUUGGCGGAUGCGAGCGGAACCCCGAGUCUCGGUUACCUCCAUCUCCCACUGCAUCUCCCACUGCAUCCUCCUCCGCUGCUGCGAGCGAAACUCCGACUCCUUCAGAGGGUGCUACAUUGGUACGCUUUUCCCCCUAUUGAAUUGUCUCCACUUGAAUCAUGGCUAAUGGUUAACCUUGCCCUCUCUACCCCGU